AUGUCGGACUCGCUGGCGUGCCCCCUGUGCUUCGAGGUCUUCGCGGCGGACGCGGGCGCCGCCUUCGCGCUGCACGUGGCCUCGUGCGCGUCGGCCUCGCCGUCGCCGCCGGCCUCUCCAUCGUCGGUCGCCCCGCCGGCGCACUGCGCGCGCUGCUACCACGUCUACACGGCCGGCGCGCUGCCCCACGAGAUCUCCUUCCACGAACACGAGUGCGCGCGCCGUCAGCGCAACGGAGCAGCCGCUGCCGCUGCUGCUGCUGCACGCGCGGCCGCCGCGCCGCCGAGCGUGACGCUGUUCCCGUCCAGCUGCUUCCUGUGCGGCAAUGGCGGGCGCGGCCUGCUGCACUGCGGCGGCAGCUGCGCGCGCGCGGCGCACCAGCACUGCGUGGACAAGCUGCAGGCGCCCGUGGUGGGGCAGCCGCUGUCCGCGGCCGAGAAGAAGCAGGCGGCCGAGCGCUGGAAGUGCGCGCAGUGUCUGCGCGGCCUGCACCGCUGCCAGCGCUGCGGCUUCCUGGGCCACGAGAGCAACGGCAUGAAGAAGUGCUCGGUGCUCGAUUGCGGCUACCACUUCCACGCGCAGUGUCUGCCCGACGCCGCGCAGGACGAGGGCGUGCACGCGGGCUUCGUGUGUCCGCGGCACACCUGCGCCACGUGCGGUGCGCAGGAGACCGACAUGCGCAGAUGCAAGAGCUGCUCUGUGUGCCACCACAUGACCCACUUCCGCUGUCCUAGAGGCGCGGGCCAGGCUGGCGGCGCGACCGCCAGCGGAGGACUGGACCCGACCAACCUGUUCGUGUGCCCGCGUCAUGACGACGAGACGUCCACGUCGCCGACCAGCAGCCCCGACGCCAGCAACUCGCUGCGGCUGCGACUCGCGGCGGGCGACGUGGUGCUGAUCCUCGAGUUCAACAACGCGCUGCUGCCGCCCACGGCCAAGACGGCGGCGCCCGACGCGGCCAACCACUGGGGCGUCGUGACCUCGGCCGAGGAGACGGAGCCGCACGGACACGGCAACCAGUUGCUGAGUGUGCGCAUGUUCGCAGACGACAACGUACUGGUCGUGCCCAACCAGUACGCGCUGCGCGUCGCCUUGGCGUCUGACUUCCCUCGACCCGUGGAUCUCAUCCGUCACUGCCUGCAGCGCCACGCUAUGGUGGAGCUUCAACUGCGACAGAUGGAGCACAAUGUCGACGACACGGAUGCCAAGCGUAUCCUGAACACAAGCAACGCGACCUUCGCCGCACGCCUAAAGGCGCUUGGCGUGACUGAAGCCCAAGCGAGAGGGGAUGCGGAGCUGGGCCUCGCGCGCUGGCGUCGGUUCCAGGCGCUACCCGAGCCUCGCCAUUACGACGGACUCGGAGACUCGGCACCCAGCUAUCUUUACGUGGAUACGCGU